UCUCGGGCGGCGGGAAGUGGCGGCGGGAGAAUGGAGGCGCAGGAGAGCGGAGGUGGCAGUGGCGAGUGCGGGGCCCAGGACACCGACCCGGCCCCCAGCAAAGCCCCCGGCAGCGCCGGCCAGUACGAGCUGCCAUGGGUUGAAAAAUAUAGACCAGUAAAGCUGAAUGAAAUUGUCGGGAAUGAAGACACAGUGAGCAGGCUGGAGGUCUUUGCAAGAGAAGGGAACGUGCCCAAUAUCAUCAUUGCUGGCCCCCCGGGAACCGGCAAAACUACCAGCGUCCUGUGUUUGGCCCGAGCCCUGCUGGGCCCGGCCUUCAAGGACGCCGUUUUGGAGCUCAAUGCCUCAAACGACAGGGGCAUUGACGUUGUGAGGAACAAAAUCAAAAUGUUUGCGCAACAGAAAGUCACCCUUCCCAAAGGGCGACACAAGAUCAUCAUCCUGGAUGAAGCCGACAGCAUGACUGAUGGAGCCCAGCAAGCCUUGAGGAGAACCAUGGAAAUCUACUCCAAAACGACCCGCUUCGCUCUUGCUUGUAAUGCUUCGGAUAAAAUCAUAGAGCCCAUUCAGUCCCGGUGCGCUGUCCUCCGCUACACCAAGCUGACCGACGCCCAGAUUCUUGCCAGGCUGCUGAGCGUCAUCGAGAAGGAGGAGGUGCCGUACACAGACGAUGGCCUGGAAGCCAUCCUCUUCACCGCACAGGGCGACAUGAGGCAGGCGUUGAACAACUUGCAGUCCACCUUCUCGGGAUUCGGCUUCAUCAACAGUGAGAACGUGUUCAAGGUGUGUGACGAGCCCCACCCCUUGCUGGUGAAGGAGAUGAUACAGCACUGUGUGAGCGCCAGUAUCGAUGAGGCCUACAAGAUCCUCGCUCACCUGUGGCAUCUUGGCUAUUCCCCAGAAGACAUCAUUGGCAACAUUUUUCGAGUGUGUAAAACCUUCCAAAUGGCAGAAUACUUGAAACUGGAGUUUAUUAAGGAAAUUGGAUACACUCAUAUGAAAAUAGCGGAAGGCGUGAACUCCCUUCUGCAGAUGGCAGGGCUCCUGGCCAGGCUGUGUCAGAAGACAAUGGCCCCGGUCGCCAGUUAGAGCAGAGAACUCAUUCGCUGGGUUAUGAGUCCUCGUCACUGAGAGGCAGGAGCCACAGCCUUCUGAUUUGGAAAAAGUGCUGCCCUGGACGGCCCUGGGGUGCAUCUUCCUGGCCGUCACCUUGCUUCCAGGACGUCUCCCCUGCUCCGCAGCCUCAGACUCGUGGUGGGGUGACGGCACGGAAAGGCCCCCGAGACCCUCCGGGGCCCAGUACUUGAUCUGUGCACGUGUUGGCCUUUUAGUAAUAAAGCCGUCCAGCUUUGUCAGCAGAAAGGUGGCAGUGCAAAGCCACAAGGAAAGCUGGCUUCCUGUCUCUGUGUGUACGCCCCUAGCGUCCUACAGGUAGAAAGGUGAUUUCGAUAAUAGACUGGACAGGCUAAUCUCAAUUUUUCUGGAAGCCUAGGGGACAAUCCCACAGGGUGAGGCAGGGUUUGGUGUAAUUUAUCAGCUUCUCAGAGCAGCCCGGGGCCCUGAGCCCUUCAGAAAGGACUUGGCAAGAAUCACGGAGGAGGAUGGCGCAGACAGGCCUAGGGGACCCUCCCACCAGGUCGCCUUUUCUGUGCAAACGGGUGUACUCAUUUGCUUUAGAAUUUCCCAGU